CGGAUCGAUGUACUAGACUUCGAGAGCACCGAAGAACCAGGAACAUGACAUUUACUAGAACAACAGUUUUACAUCGAACGAUAUCUUAGACUUACUGCUAUCGAGAUUGACUACGAGGAAGAGUAAAGUGCGGUAGGUCGCGGGGCGGUGGACGAUGUUUUUGUUUCGACGCAAGCUGGUGGAGAGCGUCAUCGAGGCUGGCGAUUAUCAACGUGCUCCUGCGGAAUCACCUGGAAGCGAAGCCAACGCACGUGGCGGAUCCGGAGACACCUCCUCUCUGCCAGGCAGCUCACAGGGAAGUAUCGCGAAAAAGCAGAUAUCAAAAUGCAGUAGCACACACACUCUCGCUGGAGGCGACCUGAAGAAAUGUUUGACCUUGCCAGACCUGGUUGCUUACUCUGUGAGCAACAUGGUUGGUGCUGGCAUUUUUGUGAUCGUCGGGAGCGCAACGAUAUCAGCAGGGGGUCUUCCAGUAGUCUUCAGUUUCAUCCUCGCUGCACUUCUUUGCUCGCUUAGCGGCAUCACAUACGCGGAAUUCGCAAGCAGCAUACCGACGUCCGGAAGCGCCUACGUUUACGCAUUCACUGCAAUCGGCGAACUGCCAGCCUUUAUCAUAGCUCAUCUUUUCUCCCUUUCCUGUUCCAUUGGCUCCGGAAUCGCUGCGCGUUCAUGCGCUGGGUAAUAGAUACUUCAUUGUCCAUCGGUGUGAAUGCACGAUCACGAACAAACCAAUCUUCCUGUUGUCUUCUAUGGUUAUCUUCCUGUUUGGAAACGCUAGGAGCUAGAUCACAAAGAUGCUCUACAUGAAACUUCUUCUACGUGCAACUCUAUUUGAUCUUCCUCCGAUUGGACUCGAGUCUCAUGUCCUUGCUUCACAUGCUUUCCCUCCCCUAAAAAAUCACACAAUAAAAACAAACAGGUAGAAAAUAUAAUACAAAGCUUAUAUAAUAAUAAUUGUACAGUUUCUAAGUGACGACUCAUUUCUUGGUCGUUCUGAAAUUAUUGUCAUUUUUCUUUCUCCUUUCGCAUCAUAGUACUGUGAUGUUUUUUCCUCUUCACAGGCUCGAGUACAGGAACCGGACACCUAGGAGAUCUGCAAUUUACUCUAUAUUCAACUUUCAGGUACAUUCGAGCGUUGGUGAUACUGCUGUUCGGUUCAGAUUUCUGGAUCUUUCAGUCAUGGUCUUUUCUGGGCGGCAUCCUUAGCGUCAAUCUUGUUGGUCCCACUAUCGUUUUCGUGGAAACGAUGCUAUUACUGAGAGGCGCCAAGGAGAGCGCGUCGCUGAACAACUUUCUAGUAGGGAUGAACGUCAGCCUCAUGGCGCUCUUUACAAUACUGGGAUUCUACUUCUCCGACUCGAAAAACUUUGAAGUCAAAGAACUAGAUGUUGCCGGCGUGCUAUCGGCGACCGGUCGAGUCUACUACAGCUUCCUCGGCUUUGAUUCCGUUUGCAUGUGUAUGGCAGGUUGAUCAUCUAUUGCUAUUCUUUGCGAUCAUUUGUGUUUACCUAUAUUAAGUAUGUUCGGAAGAAUAAGGAACGUGAAUAAGGAAGCACCAACAUGAACAUCUGAAUAUUGAAGAUUUCAAAAUAGUGUUACUCCUAUGUCUCAGUCUUUCCACUCCCUAGUCCUUUCACUGCUUCCUCUCGAUGAUCACAUGCUGUUCAAGACGCCCUCUAUUUUCACCAACUUCAUCUUCCAUUCAUGCUAUUAAGCCAAGAAACGCCGAACGCAAAGCGAACGAUUCCAGCGGCCUUAUUUCUGGGACUCGGAGUUGUUUGUGUGCUUUACUCUUUUGUCGGCGCAGCCUUAGCCGGAAUGCAGUCUGUAGACGCAAUCGAUGUCGAAGCUCCCUUAUCCAGCGCUUUUUUAGCGCACCAUUUCAAGUAUUACUACUUCGUGCUAGACCUAAGGUUUAUGAGGGUGCUUGCUUGUCGCAGCACCACCAAGAGAGAAUUAUAAAUAUGUCCUCGAAAGAUACGUUGACGAGCUUACUUGAGUUUUGCCCAGAUAGUUAUUUGUUCUUCUUUUCUUUUGCGUAAUUACUGGCCAUUCAGGUGGGGCUUCCACCUGACAACUUUUGCAGCAAUAACGACAACGUUAGCAGCAACUUUUGUCGGUAUAAUGGUUCAACCGCGUCUAUGGAUACAUGUCGCGAAUGAUGGACUUCUGCCCUCGUUUCUAGCCAGCGUGGACCCUGAGACGCAGACGCCCUUCUACGGCACACUUAUGAGCGGGUCGUUCGCAGGGAUUGCAGCCGGCCUCUUUCAGGUACUGAUUGUGAACUUUAAGUUUUCUGUUCAUGUCACUACGACGACGAAUUAGCUGAUGCUAACCCUAAGAUUGGUUUUCAAUUUUAAUGUUUAUUUUCAAACCAGGUAGACCUGCUAGCUGACAUCUGUUCUGGUGGCAUGCUAGUGGCGUACUGCCUACUCAGUCUUGCAAUCGUCAUUGUACGGUAUGUGGGUGUACCGACGGCCCACCCUGAGCGUAGUGCUGAGGGGCUAGGCUCAUCAACAAGCAAAACUGCCAUUUCCGCGCUUAUUUUAUGAAACGAAGAGCAUGCCUAAGAUUAAGAUAUAGAUAAUUUAACUAAAACCAGUUAAUUUUUCGAUUGAUGUUUUAUUUAUUAGGUAGUUUGAUUCAACACAAAGUGUAGUACUAGUUCUAGUGCAGGUCCUUGUCCUUCUGACCACGAGAAAUAUCGAUCAGCUUAUUCCUUCUAAUUAUCGUGUGCGUGAUAAGCUUCUCGUGUAUCGAUCAUUUCUGUGUGCAAGCGACCGCUGCGAUCGGCCUUGCAAUCGCGCUAGUUGUGCUUAAAUGCACACAGACUGAGCUCCCGCUCGCAACGCAAAUAGCGAAAGCACAGGAAGCGCAGCAAUUUGACAGCCCUGCUUCCACUUUAAGGGUACCGCUACUACUCGGUCACAACGACAUCGUCGGAGGUAGCACUAGUAGUACCUCGCCACGUCUCUCUCCUGCAUCAAGAAGACAAGGAGAUCAAGGCAAGAGCAUUGACACAACUAGGGCGGAUCUUGUUCAACAGUCGAGGAGCGCUUCAGUUUUCUCAAUGUGCUUCCCAACAGCCAACGUUGUCGCGGUCCUUGCGAAUCUUUAUGUCCUGAAUAGUCUAUCACCACAAGCGAUGCGAGGGUUGAUGUUGUGGAUUUUGCUAGGUCUCUUCGUCUACGGCCUGGCAAACCUCUUCGGAAGUGAUAGGCAAAAAGGAGCGGGAGCCGGCCUUAUCGGACUACCAAAAACACCAGCGUCCCUUUUCGACAACCAUCCUGUAGUAGAACGACUCGACGGAGGGGGCCGUGAGGACAUGCAAGAUUUGAAAGUUGGCAGCGACAAGCCCCUACAGACAAGUUCGACAAAACCUCAACAGUCAGUUCCAGUGGCUAAAAUAGAUAAUUCUUCGACCAAGCAGGCAGAUCCUAGCAGCUACCUGUUCUUCUCAGACAAAGAUCGCGCGGGGGCUUGUGCAGCUAGCGCAGCCAACCAACGAAACUAUACUAUUUUCCCAGGGGCUGACAACAACAGCAUCACGAGUGGCAGUACCGCGUGUCUCGCAGCAACAGCUUCGGGAAGCAGCAGUCGAUCUAGCAGCUUCAGCUCGUCAUCGCAAUUACCUCCGGAGUGUUCUACUGAAAGCACCAGACACCCACCCAAAACGAUGACAAGUGGCAGUUGCAGCAAAGCAGACGGAGCCGAUGGGGAAUCGCUGAUGACAAUCUCACUCGUAUAGCGCUUGCAUCGGUUGUAGUAUAACCACCUACAACUAAUUUUUAAUCUUCGAGUUGUUCGACUACUUUUCAACAAUUGUUCCACUACUACUAUUAAUUUAUUUUUGCUGAGGGUACUGUUGCUUUUGGGUGGACUGCUGACUAAAAGGGUCGUCUUCGACCUGGUUUGCUGAACUCAUUUUCAUAUUCCUAUUUUUUUCAUCUUCAUCAAAAUCAAAGGACGGAAUGGAAGGUAACUGUGAUGCGUGUUCAUAAAUGAAUCAAUCGCUGCAUAGUCUAAGUCUAUAUCUAAUGUUUAUAGUUUAGAUUCGUGCAAGUAGAAGAAAUUCCUUCGCGUUUUCAAUGUGCAUGCUGUGGUCCAUUCUCAUGACGACACAGAAACUAGUUCGACCUUUUUGAUUUUUUUAAGUAAAUGCUCCGCAGUACGACCUCCACGCCACUUGUUUUACAAGCAGUACUAAUAGAGCUGGUCGUGCACAAGAGAUCAAACGUUGUAUUUUCCAGAUCUUUUUUUUAGGCAAUGACCUUCGUACUACGCCGAUCCAAAUCCCAAAAAAUCCGAAUGACAUGGAGAAAAGUUAUGGAGAAAAGUUAUAACAUUAACACUUCCGAGAUCACAUCAAAAACUCAAAAUUCUUUCUGACCUUAGUACGUCAACGACCACGCGCCAAGAGGUUCUACCAACACGUCGAGCUUAGCCCAUAAAUAUGCAAAGACAUGUUGUUAUUGUAGAAGAUCAAGAUCUUCUCUAAAAUAAGAACCGUACCAGCAUCAUCAAGAUUUACGAUGACCAUGCAAAGGAAAAUGCACAUAAUGCGAUGAAUUGUUGACGACUACGAUUAUGGUCAUAUUAUUUCUUGUGACUACGAGGCAUUGUAAUUGUUUGACUUUUCAAAAUAUAUAAUACGAUGUCUUUUCCCGUUCUCGUUCCACGAAAGAAUCGAAAUGCCAUGCAAUUUUGUUGAAGCAUCGAUUUGAGUUGUCUACCUGUAGCUCCCGCGAUUAAUCAUGCUGACUAUGUAUAGUACAAAGGUGGAGUUUUUAUGGACGGGCCCGACUUCUCCUGUAUUGAUCAACUAUAAAACGGUUUUCGUCGACAUUUCAAAUCUGGU